AUGUCUGAUCAAGAGAAUGAGUCGAUUGAUGAAGCAGUAAAUGAAUCAUCAAAUGAAUUGAAAGAGGAAUUAGAUGACUUAUUUGGGGAUGAAGGAGAGGAAGAAGAAGAAGAAGGAGUUAUUGAAAAUGAUGAAAUAAAAAGUGAAACUGAAGAUAUACAAUCCCAAUCACAAUCGAUACGAAAUAAUUAUUCACCAGAUGAAGACGAAGAAGAGGAAGAAGAAACUGAAAAGAAAGUACUUGAUAUAUCGUUACCACGUCAUGCAAUAUCCAUGAUAUCAGAAAAUACUCAAAUAUUAAAAACUCCAAUGCAUUUAAAUAUAGCACCACAUCCAUUUGAUCCAAAUGCAUUUAAAGAGAAUAUAGAGGAUAAACAAUCACAAAGAAUAGAACAAGGAUUAAAUUCAAAACAAAUAUAUCAUGAAAAGUUAGCAGAAAAAUUAAUAAAUGAAUCAACAAUUAGAUGGAGAUAUCAUAAUUCAGGAGAAGAUGAAAUUAUUAAACAAUCGAAUGCUCAUUUUAUUCAAUGGGAUGAUGGAAGUGUGAGUUUAAAAAUUGGGAGUGAAAUGUUUGAUGUUAAAACUUUGCCCAUUACAGAUAAUUAUUUAGUCAAAUCUUAUGAAAAUGCAGAAAUUUUACAAUCAGAUUCAAUAAUUGAUAAGAUUAUAAAUUUAUUUCCAGCAUCAAAUGAUUCAAUACAUAAAAAAUUAACACAAGUUAUAAAAAAUAUGCAUUUUAAAGAUAAAAUUCUAAACACUACAACAGAAGAUGAUCCAUUAAAACAACAAAGAAUAGCUGAUGAAAAUGAAAAGAAAAAAUUGAAAAUGAGAAGACAAAUGGAAAACAAAAGAAGAAUUGAAGAAGAAAAAUGGGAAAGAGGUGAAAGUCCAAGUAUUAAAGAAAGUUCAUACAAAAGAUUUGCAAGAACUUAUGAAGAUGAUGAUGAAGAUGGUGAAGAUCAAGGAGAAUAUGAUGAAGAAGAUGAUUUUAUUGCAGGUGAUGAAGAAGAAGUUGAACAAUAUGAUGAUGAAGAAGAAGAAGAAGAAGCACAAAAAGAAGAGGACGAUGAUGAGAAAUUAAAAGCAAACGCUGAAAGAUUAAGAAAAUUAAAAGAAGAUGGUGCUGCUAAAUAUAGAGAAAAAUCUGCAUCUGUUGAAGAAAAUGAAACUAGAAAAAGAAAAAGAAUUAUUGAAAGUGAUGAAGAAGAUGAAUAA